AUUACUAGGCCCUUCUGCUCCUCUCAGUGCGUCAUCAUUCAGCGUCCGAAAGUCAGCGGGAUUUUAGCAUCAAUUCAAACUACCGUAAUAAAUAAACAAUCUCCUAUAUUAUCCAUAAAUUAUUAACUGUUUUACAAUCUGAAAUGAUUGAUAUGAUUGCGAAGGAGGACCCGAUUAUUAGCGAGGAAGAGGCUGCCCAGUACGAUCGACAGAUCCGGCUAUGGGGACUAGAUGCACAAAAGAGACUGCGGGGGUCUCGAGUGCUACUUGUGGGCUUAGGUGGUCUCGGGGCGGAAGUGGCCAAGAAUCUGAUUCUGGCUGGAGUGAAGGGACUCACGAUGCUGGAUCAUGAAAAGGUGUCCCAGGAGUCGUGCAGGGCCCAGUUCCUGGUUCCUGUGACGGCCCAGGGGGAGAACCGAGCCCAGGCGUCUCUGGAGCGCGCUCAGUACCUCAAUCCGAUGGUGGAGGUCCGAGCCCAGGCAGAGAGGGCUGAAGACCAACCCGACGACUUCUUCCUACAGUUUGAUGCGGUGUGUCUGACGUGUUGCUCUCGGGACCUGAUGGUGCGCGUGGACCAGCUCUGCUCCAAACACAACAUCAAGGUGUUCUGCGGGAACGUGUACGGUUACUACGGUUACAUGUUCUCGGACCUCGGGCCGGACUACAACUACGUCGAAGAGAAGCCCAAAAUGGUAAAGCCCUCCGGGGACUCCAACGACGGACCCAAAGCCAAGAAGGCCAAGGUCGACCCCAACGAGACCACAAUGGUCAAAAAGACGGCCAGCUUUUGCUCCCUGAAGGAGGCGCUGGAGGUGGAUUGGACAACGGAGAAGGCCAAGGCGGGUUUAAAGCGCACGCCUGUGGAUUACUUCCUCCUCCACGUUCUGCUGAAGUUCCGCACGGACAAAGGUCGCGACCCCGCCCCCCAGUCCUCGGGGGAGGACGGUCAGCUGCUGCGCCAGAUUCGAGACGACGUGCUGGAGUCCAUGGGGCUGAACAGAGAGCUGCUCAGUGACGACUUUGUCAGCUACUGUUUCUCUGAGAUGGCCCCGGUAUGUGCCGUGGUGGGCGGAGUCCUGGGACAGGAAGUCGUCAAGGCCCUUUCCCAGAGAGACGCGCCGCACAAGAACAUCUUCUUCUUCGAUGGUCGCAAAGGCAAUGGUGUGGUCGACUACUUCGGCCCCCAGUGAUGGUCCAUCC